CUUCCUUUCCCCUUUAAGGAGAUUUUCAGAGUUUUUCCCCCUUUGCCCUAACUGCACAAAGCCUGUGUGGCAAUUCAUGCUGGUACUGGUGUUGCUUUCUUUAAGCAAACGAAAUGCCAUGUUGAGAGUCUCUUGCUGAAUAUUUGUUGGCAAUCCAAUUUUCCUAGAGUUGUUUUCUCUUAGGGUCUUUAUGAUGUGUUUCUCUCUCUCUCUCUCUCUUUAUGCAAACUAUAGUCAAUGCAAUUUUGUUAUAGGAGUUCUUCUCAAAUCACUUGCUUGGUUUGCCAUCCCUUCAGGAGAGAAUUGGAUGCAACUCUUCCAGCCUUGCUGUUGCUCAAAUCUCAGUUAAGUGGAUUGUCAAGUUGGCUUGGAAAAAAAAAUAAAAGCAACCCAGCAAAUGAAGAUGUUUCACGUUGUUCUGUACCGGCCUUUAGGACUAACAGCCCAAAACUGUCUUUCUAGCAUGUGUUUAAAACCGAUGGUUUCAAGACCUGUUGCAUUUGCACAGCUAUGGAAGUCAUGGUUCUCAAGCCAUUCUCUUGUUGGAAACAAAAAUAUUAUCCUGAUGGGACCUCCGGGUGCUGGGAAAACAACGGUUGGGAGAAUAGUAGGUCAGAAACUAGAUUGCCCUGUCAUAGACAUAGAUGACGAUGUCCUUGAAAAAACCUGGAACAUGACUGUGUCGGAAAAACUGCAGGAUGUUGGUAAUGAGCAGUUUUUAGAGGAGGAAGGAAAAGCCCUGUUGGAGUUUACAGCAUCUGGAAGUGUCAUUUCCCUUACUGGGUCCAAUCCAAUGCAUGCUGCUGGCAUGCAGCAUAUGAAGAAAAAUGGAAUAGUUGUGUAUCUGGAUGUGCCCACGGCAGUCAUUAUGAGCAGGCUGAAGUCAAUGAAGGUGGAUCGCAUCGUGGGCCAGUCUCCUGGUAUUUCUCUCAAGGACAUACUUCAGUUCAGGAAGCAGUUCUACAAAAGGUGGUAUGACAUCCGUGUGCUUUAUGGAGGCGAUGUUGCACCAGAGGCUGUAGCUGAAAAGGUACUUGAUGCAGUGAAGAGAUACCAAAACUCAGAACUGGAAACUUUCAUUUCAACUAGGUCUAGUAGGUCUGGAAGGAGUAUAGAGAAAGACUCUCAUAAAUAUUUCAGCGAUGUUGUUAUUGAGGGUUUAGCACCCGACGGAGGACUUUUUGUUCCUGAGAGAGGACUUCCGAAGUUCACUGCUGGAGAAUGGCAAAGCCUAAUAGACACAACUUACAUUGAAAGAGCCCAGGUGAUACUAGAAAGAUGCAUUCAUCCUGCUGAUAUUCCUGCUUCUAAGCUGGCAGAAAUUAUUGGAACUGCUUAUGGAGAAAACUUCACUUGUUCUAAAAUUGCCCCUGUUAGGCAUCUGGCAGGCAAUCAGUUUCUCCUUGAGUUAUUUCAUGGACCAACAGCAUCAUUUAAAGAUUUUGCUUUACAGUUAGUGCCACAUAUAUUUGCAUACUGCAUUCCCAGAAGCUGCAAUUAUUUGGUUCUGGUAGCUACUUCUGGUGACACAGGGAGUGCUGUCCUAGAUGGCUUUAGUCGUCUCCAUGACACUGACAAACAGAGAAUUGCUGUGAUGAAUUUUUUUCCUGAGGAUGGAGUAAGCCCGAUUCAAAAAUCACAGAUGAUUGGCUGUCAGAAAGAAAAUGCCUGGUCAGUGGGUGUCAAAUCUGAUUUUGAUUUUUGCCAGACAGCUAUAAAGCAAAUCUUUACUAAUUCUGAUUACACUGGCUUUCUUACAGUAGAAUAUGGAACAGCUUUAGCUGCGGCAAACUCCAUAAACUGGUCACGAUUGCUUCCUCAGAUAGUCUAUCAUGCCUCUGCAUACCUUGAUCUUGUUCAUCAAGGUAUUAUUCCUUUUGGAAGCCCUGUAGAUGUUUGCAUUCCGACAGGAAACUUUGGCAACAUAUUAGCUGCUUUGUAUGCUAAAAGGAUGGGAAUUCCUAUUAGAAAGUGUAUUUGUGCUUCCAAUGAAAACAACGUUUUGACUGACUUCAUAAGAACGGGUGCUUAUGAUUUGAGGGGAAGAAAAUUAAUUCCCACUUUUUCACCAGCAGUAGAUAUUUUGAAGUCCUCCAAUCUUGAGCGGUACUUGCACCUGAUUGCUAAUGAGGAUGGACAACUGGUGACACAGUUGUAUAACCAGCUGGAAAAUCAGGGCCACUUCCAGCUGCGGAAAGAUCUACUUGAAAAGCUUCAGCAGGACUUGGUGGCUGGAUGGUGCUCUGAGGAGGACUGUCUCGCUGCCAUUCACUCUGUGUACAGCACUACAGGAUAUAUUUUGGAUACACACACAGCUGUUGCUAAAGUAGUUGCAGAUCGAUUACAAGAUAGAACUUGCCCAAUUAUUAUUUCAUCUACAGCUCAUUAUUCUAAGUUUGCACCUGCUAUCUUGAGGGCCUUGAGGAUUGCAGAAAUAAAACAGAAUCCAUUAAGUCAGCUUCACUUGCUGAGUUCUUACAGCCCUCUGCCUCCAGUCCACUGGGGCCUAUUAGAGACUCUGAAGAAGAAAGGGAAUGAUGAUCACCAGGUCUGUGCUGCUGAUAUGAGUAUGCUGAUGUCCCGUAUAGAAACCUUAAUUCAAAGUCAUUUUAUGAAAGUUUUCUGAGCAACUGAUCAGAGGUCCACUGUGUCAGUUGUGAUGCCUUCUUAACAGGCUGCAUAUCUUAGGAAAGUCAUGAUUCAUCCAGCCUGUCUCCAGUUCACAGCAUAACAUCUGCAGUUUUAUACUCAAUUAGCAAGUUUUCAACAGCAAACAAGUAACGCCUGUGAGAUUUCUAGUAGUGGUGAAAGGUUGUGAAUUGAGAGUAUAAAAGACUGGAAUACUUUUUUGCAGGUCAUGCAUAGUAGAGAUGGCAGUAGUGCCAUCUUUCCUUGGCAGUGCUGUGUCCUUCAUAAGCCUGAAGCAUUCUUUGUGGAAGGAGGAAGAUAAUGAAUUCUGACCUUUCUGAAACCAUUAGCACUCGUUUUGUUGCAAGAAUGAUGUGAUCAUUUGGUCAGUGGGUGAUUAGUUAAACUUUAACUCUCUGCACUUAGGUCACAGAAACAUAAUGAGAUACUGUAAUGGUGUUAGGAUGUUACUAAUGAGGGUUAAUUUCACUACAAAGAUUCAAGUAUACUUGUAUUGUUUAGCCUUGAACCAUUCAAUUUGGUGGUAUGUUAUCUUCUUGUAUGAUGUUUUUUAUGUAUUGUGAGGCCAGCAUUUUUGUAAAAAAAAUCUGGUUAUUUUUCAGACUUUUUUUUCUCCUAGAUAUUUCUCUGUAUAAAAUAGAAUCCUUAAUUCGAUAUUUUUAAUAAUUUUUGAAAUGUAACUCUUCCUCCAGUGUGUUGUAGUCUCUUUCCUAGAUCUUUUCUAUUCAAACUUUAACUUUAGAAUCCUUUUUUAGUGCUAUAGGAGAAUAUGGUAGUAGUAGCAGCAGUCUCCUCAAACACAAUCCAGACCACCAUUUAUUUACAUUAACUUCUUGCAUUCAAAGUUUUUAGAAUAUAAGGUUUAUCUUAGAGGUCAUAUAGCUUUCUCGUUCUAGUUACUUCUGUUUUCCUGGUUUUCUGAAAUUCAUUUCCUUGACAUUCUAUUCUGUUCCUACUUUGCAUGAAUUAGUAUAAGAAAGAAGCUUCCCAAAGUGCUUGGCAUCUCAUCAAGGAAAGUGAAAAAUGAAUUCUAGUGUCUGGAAAGUGUGAUAGCAUCAGAGGUAUUCAUUAUUUAACCUAAAAUAGAUCUGUUUUAGCAAUCUGGAUUUGCUAAUGACAGGCUCUUUAUUGGUUUUUUGCAUCAGAAGAAAAUAGAGCAGGUUGCCCUAGGAGAUCAUGUGGUUAUGGACAAACUUAUUCUGCUAAUUGUAGGUUAUAUUUGGCAAGGGAGUAAAAUAUAACCAUUUCACACUAAGAGAAAUAGCAUGUAGUUACCUGUAAAGAGCUAAGAGUCUCUCUAAGAGAUAUGAGGACCUAUAGCUAUGGGACGUUGUAGUUCCCAACAAGAUUCAAAUAGGGAAGGUGUUGGCAAGAGAGGCUGUAAUUGUUAACACUUUUUCCCUUCGAAAGGCAGCAUCUCCCAGAAGGACUCAUUCAGAGCUCUGAACUGUUGCCGUAUCCCCCAGCUUCCUCUGGGUACCUGCUUGUACAUUUUGCCACAGUAAAGGUGAAGAAGACACCAUGUAGCAAACUAUUUUAAAAAAUUGUCUUUUCUUUCACUGUAAGGUAAAGGGCCCAAGCAUGAGGUGCAUUUGCCAUAGUGAAUACAUUAUACAAUAGAAUUAAACAUAGCUGAUUACAAAGGUGCAACACAAUAGCUCUCUAGAUUCUGCCAUUCUUUGAUGCCUUUUUAGGACCUUUCUAGUUCUUUUCUCUGCUCAAUCCUCAUUCACUAUUUCUGCAGUAACUUUGGAAAAUAACUUUUUAUUUUUAUUUUCACAACGUCAUAGAACAGCCCAGGUUGGAAGGGACAUCACAACAUCAUCUGGUCCAGCUUUUCAUGUGAAAGGGAGCGUAGAUGAGAUUAUCUAGCACCCUGCCCCGUCACGCUUUAAAAACCUCCAGUGAUGGGGACUCUACCACAUCCCUGGAAAGGUUAUUCCAGUCACUUGAGUGUUUUCACUGUGAAAAAUUUCUUUAUUAUGUCCAGAUGAAACUUGUUGUCCAAUUUGUACCCAUUUACCCUUGUCAUCUCCCUGUGCUCCUUGUAAAGAGAGAGCCUCCAUCCUCUUUCUAGCUACCCCCUAAGUACUAGAGAACUGUGAUGAGGUACCUUCUGAGUCUCCUCUAGGGUGAAAAGGCCUAACUCAUUCAGUCUCUCCUCAUAAGGCAGAGAAAUUUUUGUCAUUUUCCACACACAACAUGAGAAAGACUAUAAAUAUGUAAUUUAAAAAAAUAAUCCAAGUUCUUUAAGAAAAAGUGGCAUAAGCAUAUUGCUGAAAGAGAAGCAUUACUUGUGUAGGUGGUAAGUGCACAUCCACCUUGUAUUUCUGUAUGUUUCAGUCUGAUUCUUGCAGUAGUUCCAGGUGGAAAAAAAUAUAAUGCUUUCUCUGGAUAUGCUCAGUAAAAACCCGGAAUUCUAAAUCUUAAAAAAACAAACAAACAAGCAAAACCCCAACUGAUCAACCAACUCCAUAGAAACCAAACUGCCUGGAUUGAAUUACUGGAAUGGGAAUCAGUUUCAUGAGGACUCUGUGGAAAUCCUGCAGUACCUGGUUCUGUGGGGCUUAAUGCCAUUUGACAUUAGGGCAAUUUGUCACACGCUGUUACUUUAUAGAAAUGUCUACAAAGAGGAGCUCGUUUUCACAGAAAGUACCUAAACCAAAAGAUGAGAUUCUAAACAAGAUUAGGCUAGAAGCCAGCGUCCUAUCUUGAGUUAGCCAAUUAUUAGAUAAACAGUCAGAACUAAACUAACAGAGAAUUUAUUUUGACAUGACUCAAUCUAUAUUUCAAAGUUCAUGGCAGUAAUUCAAGCUUGGUUUGAAGGAGGAACUAUUAGUAAAAUUUCUAGUUGUUAUUUUCAGUUGGUAUGAAUUGAGUAAGUAAAAAAUUUACCAGACCUAUGGGCUUUCAGUGUGGACUUAAGGUGUAUAAAGGUAGUGGUUAAAGAGCAUGUAUGGUGUUAGUACAUUUCUCGGAAUGUCUAAAGCUUGUAUACAAUACAGUAUUUACUUGUUUUUAAAAAUAAUUCGUUUUUGGACUUUCUCAUAAUAACUUCAGUGAACUCUUUUUGUGCACCACAUCUGCUUAUGGAUUCUAGUAAUGGGCACUAUAAAAUGCCUGCAGUAGUGGUGUGAUCCUGGAUGUACACAGUGUUUGUGACCAAGUGCAGAUGCUGUGUUGUGGUAGCUGUAACGUGUGAUCUUCUGGCUUGCCUUGUCCUGCUGGGCCUGGAGGAGUAGAGGACAAAAAAUUUCCAGUGUAAUUGCUGUAGCUGGCUACGGGAGGGAAAGAGUCCUCCUGCCUUCCCAGCCCAGCUCUUCUAAAUGUCAGACAGCAAAAUACUGUGGUUCAGCAAACAUUGUGCUACUGUUAUUGCACUUUUUUUCCUCCGCUAUCAGUAUUAUGAAAGAUUCAAAGGGCAUUAAUGAUCAAGAGUGGACACAAGUGCUGCUUUUCUUUUGCAGACGUGCACUCUGAAUGUUGUCACGCCGUAUUUUCUAUCAACUUCUCAAAGCAAAACCAGUGUGCUAAUGAUGCACAAAAGCAAAUCUACAUUGUGAUGGUUAGCAGGAUUCUUUAAGUCAUUUAAGCUUGGUGUAUACACAAUUUGCUCCUAUUUAUCUAAAGAUAGGAUGUUGCAGUCUAAAUAAAUAUAAGCUGGGUUUACAGAGAGUGUGAGUGUGCAUAUAUACACAUUUCCACUGGCUUUGUUGACCUGGAGUAAUAGCAUAGCUUUAGUUAAGCUAUUCUUCUGUAUGGGUAAAUCUUUGCUGAACACUGAUACAACACGAAAAAUCUUAAGGACAAAUGUUACAAAUGUAAGGACAAAUGUACUGUCUAUAUUUACACUUCUUAUUAUAAGAAUAUUUAUAUGGAAAAUACUUUGUUUUGCUUGCAGAUUUACCAGCUGCUCCUUACUUGCCUUUAGUCACAGUCCUGCUUCUCAGGAUGACAGAGAGUCAUUUGAGGUAAAGGGUGAAUAGUGCAGGUAGGGAUGACUUCAGAAGAUAAUUCUGUUUUCUUAGUAUCUUAGGAUUUAGAAAGAGUUGCUAUUUGUGUUUUUGAGGUGAUGGAAUAUUUUAGCAGAUAAAGCUCUAAAAGGAAGAUUCUUGUUUUUCAAGAGGUCAACUUUGCUCUUCAAGGACAUCAAGAACACACAUUGUUAUUAAGUAUACCAUGUUUGGCAUGCCUGAAAUAUGCAUUAGCAAUUUGUAUCCACUAUAUUUUUUCUAAAUAAAUAAUGCUGGAUCCAUUCUGUAGCACUUUCUUUGCGAAUAUGUUCUUAAAUUCUUAUCAAAGUGAUAUAAAGA